CUACCAGUUUUAUUAAUAAAAUCGUUGUUUUAUAACAAUACCUUCUUUUAAAUAUUUUAUACUUGUAACGUUAUAAGUGAUCUUGUCAGUGUCGCGGAAUGUGUCAAGAGAGUAAAUAUCAAUGAGCAAGAUUCGAUGCAAAAUUAAGUAUUGGCUAUGCAAGAAAAGAGUAUACUAAACACUAAUGAUUGUGUUGAUGCGACAUACUUCCAAAUAUCGUCUGUCUUCUGAAGUACAUAAAGUGCAUUCGGCGACUUUUACGAUGAGUGAAAUUGUUCAACAAAGAAGUUCCUUUAAAUUUUGUGUGCGGAAUCAAGUUUUUGGUGUCGAAACGUUCAGUAUGUUAAAAAAGGGCUUCGAUGAUAAUUGUUUGUCGCGAGCAAGUGUGUUUGAUUGAUCAAAAUUAUUCAAGGAGGGUCAAAAACGACGAACCACGUCAAUAAAGUAAAGGAAUUGGUGCCUGGGAAUCGACGAUUAAUAGUCAGAAAUCUUUUUGGCAUCGCUGGAAUAUCGGAAGGAUUAGUGAAAACAAUUUUAAAAAAUCAUUUGGGGCUAAAAAAGGCAUGAUUGAUUCAAAAAUCACUAAAUUUUUCGGAAAACAGUGACGCGUUAACAUCUGUGAAGCAAUGCUUUCCGACUAUCAGGAUGCCAUGAGUAGUAAUAAUAAUACCUUAUUGGCGAUGAAUCUUAGGUAUAUCCACUUUUGACAUACAGCCAUACGAUUACUAAGAAAAGAUUAUCUCUGAUUUUCAAAUAUAUUUCUCACACAUUGACCGAUAUUGGCGGUAAAAAGUCAGACAAGGAGUAUAUACAAGUAUAACCCUAUGUCUAACUCGAUUAGUUUUAGGUGAUACAAACAAACGUUAGGUGAACAAAACUCAUUAGCAACAUGUUGCAGGACUAAAAAAAUUAUGGGAAAAUUUUCAAAGAAUUCUUCACGAAUAUUGAUAUUUUAAUUUUAAUUUGCAUAAAUUCAGUGAGUUAGGGGUGCUUCACAGGUCAAUUGCGAGACCAAAUUUCGCUUAACCACAUUAAUUUCUUUAUUCUUUUUUUAAUAUUCACCAAUUUUAUUUAAUUUCAGAAAAGUACCCAAUCGCUUAAAAUCGCGCUGGUACAAUUUUACAUAGGGAUGCAGUUCAAUUGUCAAUCUGAUAAGCCGUGGAAGUGAUAACCCCCAACCCCGCAGACGCGAUAAUUCGACUCAUUGUACAUUCCUGACCAAUACGGCAUAAAACUUGUUGCGUAUUUUAUUGCUACUCACGGGGCAACGGGCAGAACCAACAACAGGAUCAGCCCACGAUUUAACCAGGUUGUUCUCUUGUAACUAAUUUACAAAAAAACAAGUUGUCUAUUUGGACAUUAGACGAAGUUGAUAGUCAACCAUGCAAAUUAAAAAGCGAACUUCACCGAAGUAUAAAUAUAUACUAUUUUGAUAAUGAGUAUUUUAUUUGUACCACUUUCUAUCUCGGCUCUACUUAUGAUAAGUGUAUGAUUCACUAGUUCUACUAAAAAUAUGUAUUGCUUGAAAUAUACAAAGGAAGAGUAGAGUUUUGUGGGGAUUAUACGAACAUAUGAUGAUGAUACGAACAAAGUUAUAAUAUACAACGCUACAAAUUGUGCGCGUGUACAAAAAUAUGAAAGUAUGUGCUGUAUAUCAACAAAAGUUGGAACAAAUAUAUAUAAACAUACACACAUAUAUAAAUUGGGUAUUCUACGCUAUAAUCACACUUUUCGCGACACAUUCUUCAGUGUCGAUUGAGAUUGCCUGCAAAUACGGUGUUAAUAAAGUAAUUAAUCAGCGACAAAAUGGGUUUGACAAAAUGCUGUAUUUUAAUUUUGUGCUUUGCGGGGGUCUUACCCCAGUCUAUUAAUAUUUCCAAUCGCAGUGAGAAUGAGACUCAACCCUUCAUAGAGAUCGGUAGUAAAUAUUACUUAAUAAAUACUGCUACUACGAUGAAUUGGUUCGGUGCGGUGCUUUUUUGUCGCAACUAUGAUAGUGAUUUAGCCGUAAUUGAAUCGCUAGCUGAGAUGAAUGCAUUGAGUUUUUAUUUAACCACGAAUGAAGGUCAUAUUGGUAAAAAUUUUUGGCUGGGUCUGACCGAUUUGGCCGAUGAGGGUAAAUUUAUGUCACUCAAAGACGGACGUCCAAUGCUCUAUGCUAAAUGGGCAGGCGGUCAACCAGACGAUGCUGGUCAAAAUGAGGAUUGUGUACAUCUUCGUUCUGAUAGUAAAAUAUUCUUUAUGAACGAUGUUACUUGCAUGGGUCAGUAUUAUGCCAUCUGUGAGCUGCGACACCCGAAGAAGAGUUGUGACGUGUGUGAUUUGAAAAAUUUUAUGGAAAGAUUCAUGCAACAUACAAAUGUUCCACACUGUCAAAAUUAGUUAGGUGGAAUACCUUUUUUAAAUAUUUUAUAGCGUUAAAUGUGACUGAUGGUCGUGUAGUUAGAGAUAAUCCUCUUUAUUUGGAUACAUUAGUUUACUUUCCAAACAAAAAUAAAAAAUUGUCAAAAUCGGAUUUCUUAUCAGCAGAAGCUAGAACAAACUUUUUAUACAGAAAAAGCCUAUAAAUGAAUUUGAUAUAAUAGUACAUAAUAAAACCAACGCGAUAUCGAAAUAAUACGAAAGCAUUACCAAAAGACCGAUAA